AAGAUUUCCAAAAGUUGCAACGGCAGCGAAGUUCUUGGCCAGCCCUACCUCUUUCAGCUGGCCAUGGCUGAAGGAGACGAGAUCCCAAUGGAAAUGAAGGGCGCCUUCUUCGAUGACACCUGCCAACCUCCCGGACCAGCUGGAGGAUCAUCUGUUUACCUUCGCGAAUACGAAGUUUUUCAGAUUGCUUUCGUGGGGAGUGAUGGCUAUUACACUCAAGUCGACAUCGGACCGUAUGGCCAUUACUUGGUGACUCUUGGAAACAUCGCUGGAAGUACAUUGAAGAUGGACCUGACGCUUUCGUACGCGACGAACGUGGACCGUUACCGGAGCGUAUGGCGUGCGUCGGUGCGCAUCCCGGUCUCUUUCCUGCCGCCCGGUGUGACCUCCAUGAAUGCCUGGGCGCGCCAUGGUCGACCCAACGCACGCCAUGAACUCGCCUUGUACCCACCCCCGCCUGGGUCGCCGUGCAAGAUGGACUCCAAUUCUGUGAAGACGUUCGGCGAGCUCGAGAUCAAGCGUAUAUGCACAAAGUAUGAACCCAAGAGGCUUUCUCACACAUGGAAAAGGGCCUUUGAAGACUACUACUGGGCAUCUUCCUGUACGGCUCGGCCUGCAACUACUCUACUUGUAAUUUCCUUACUGUGUCAUGCAAUGCGACGACUCAAGUAACUCGGCAGACAAGCUCCAUU